AUGAAUCAACAUGUUGAAUGUGAGCAUCAUGACAGGAAACUAGUUAGAACUACUGUUGUGCUGAUUGUGGGUGCUGCCCUUUUUGGUGUCUUCGUAGUUGUUGCUAAUGUAGGACGGAAGAAGACAAACAAGCACGAAAGAACUUUGCACGACAGCACACUUCCACUAAAUGAUGAAGUAGAACUCCAAGAUUUACCAUUGUUUAAACUUCAAAAGUUGGAAGUUGCGACAAACUUCUUUUCCAUAGAAAAUAAGAUCGGACAAGGUGGUUUUGGUCCUGUAUAUAAGGUUACCAUUCUUUCAGGUGUAAUCAGUUAUAAAUAUGUGAAGGGAAAAUUGGAAGAUGGAAAAGAAAUUGCGGUUAAAAGACUAGCAAGAGAAUCUGGACAAGGUCUACAAGAAUUUAUGAAUGAGGUAGUAGUCAUAUCAAAACUUCAACACAGAAAUCUUGUCAGAUUGUCAGGGUGCUGUGUAGAAAGAGAGGAAAAACUAGUCUAUGAAUACAUGCCAAAUAAGAGCUUGGAUGCCCUCCUCUUUGACCCGCAACAUCAAAAACAAUUAGACUGGAAGAAGCGCUUCACUAUUAUCAAAGGGAUAUCUCGAGGCCUAUUGUAUCUUCAUAGAGAUUCUAGAUUGAAGAUUAUUCAUAGAGAUCUUAAAGCGAGCAACAUUUUGCUCGAUGAGGAGCUCAAUCCAAAGAUAUCAUAUUUUGAAACAGCUAUGAUUUUUGGAAUCAAACAAGAUCAAGACAACACCUUAAGAGUUGUUGGGACCUAUGGUUACAUGUCUCCGGAAUAUGCAAUGGAAGGGCGGUUUUCAGAAAAAGCAGAUGUUUUCAGUUUGGGGGUGCUUCUUUUGGAGAUCAUCAGUGGCAGAAAGAACAAUAGCUUUAAAGAACAUGAAUCUUUGAGCCUUUUAUCUUAUGCAUGGAGAUUGUGGAAUGAAAACAAUAUUCUUUCAUUAAUUGAUGCAACAGUUAGUGAUCCACACUUCAAAGAUCAGAUUCUAAACCGAUUAAUCAUCAUGAAUCAUUAUUGUUUGCCCGUCCAUGUAUCGGAGUUUUCUGCAUUUUCACCAGAUUAUGUUUCAUGA